GGUGGGUACCUUGAUGCCAUGUGGGAGCUGCUGUGAAAAGUUGUUAGUUUCCGAGACCUACUUGAAGUCCGAGCUUUGGGAGAGGAGGAGCACAGGGUCGUUUGGCUGUGUUUUUAGAAAUCCGCUUCUCCUGCCGCGGUGAAUGAUGACGUCCUUAGCCCAGCAGCUCCAACGUCUCGCCCUCCCUCAAAGUGACCCCAGUCUCUUAUCUAGAGAUGAAGUUGCCUCUUUAUUGUUUGACCCCAAGGAAGCGGCCACCAUCGACAGAGACACCGCCUUUGCCAUUGGAUGCACUGGCCUGGAAGAACUGCUUGGAAUCGAUCCGUCUUUUGAACAGUUUGAAGCAUCAUUGUUCAGCCAGCUGGCAAAAACCUUGGAGCGCAGUGUUCAGACCAAAGCAGUGAACAAACAGUUGGAUGAAAACAUUUCAUUAUUCCUUAUUCACUUGUCUCCUUACUUCCUGCUUAAGCCAGCACAGAAGUGUCUGGAAUGGUUAAUACACAGGUUCCACAUCCAUCUUUAUAAUCAAGAUAGCCUCAUUGCUUGUGUUCUGCCAUACCAUGAGACAAGGAUAUUUGUACGCGUUAUACAGCUUCUAAAAAUUAAUAAUCCAAAGCAUAAAUGGUUCUGGUUAUUGCCAGUUAAGAAAUCUGGAGUGCCAUUAGCUAAAGGAACUUUGAUUACCCACUGCUAUAAAGAUCUUGGAUUCAUGGAUUUCAUUUGUAGUCUGGUGACAAAAUCUGUGAAGGUUUUUGCUGAGUAUCCUGGGAGCUCAGCUCAGUUGAGAGUGCUAUUGACUUUUUAUGCUUCUACCAUAGUGUCUGCUCUAGUGACUGCUGAGGACAUAUCAGACAAUAUAGUUGCCAAGCUAUUUCCAUAUAUCCAAAAGGGAUUAAAAUCAUCUUUACCAGAUUACAGAGCUGCAACCUACAUGAUUAUAUGUCAGCUUUCUGUGAAAGUAGUGAUGGAAGAUACGGUUGUUAAUUCAUUGGCAUCACAGGUCAUCAAAACAUUGGCCAAAAUUCCCUCUUUGAUCAAGGAUGGAUUAGGUUGCUUGAUAGUGCUCCUGCAGAGACAGAAGCCAGAGAGCCUUGGGAAAAAGCCAUUUCCUCACUUAUGUAAUGUUCCUGAUCUUAUUACAAUACUUCAUGGAAUUUCUGAAAUAUAUGACAUCAGUCCUCUUUUGCGUUACAUGCUUCCCCAUCUGGUUGUCUCCGUCAUUAAUCAUGUCACAGGAGAAGAAACGGAAGGAAUGGAUGGUGGUGAAAUCUACAGGAGACAUUUAGAAGGUAUAAUUACAAAUAUAUCACUGAAGAACAACUUAGACCAUUUGUUGGCUAGCAUUCUUUUUGAAGAAUAUAUUUCAUACAGCUCACAGGAAGAAAUUGAUCCCAAUAAAGUAUCUUUGCUUAAUGAACAGUUUCUUCCACUUAUCAGGCUUUUAGAAAGCAAAUACCCCCGAACAUUAGAUGUUGUAUUAGAGGAACGCCUAAAGGAAAUUACAGAUCUAAAAAAACAAGAGAUUUUUCAUCAAUUUAUUUCUCUUUCUACAAGUGGAGGAAAAUAUCAGUUUUUAGCUGAUUCUGAUACCUCCUUGAUGCUCAGUCUGAAUCAUCCACUUGGUCCUGUGAGACUACUGGCUGUUAAUCAUCUGAAAAAUAUCAUGAAAACAUCAAAGGAAAGUAUUGAUGAGUCUUUCAUAAAAGAAGCUAUUUUAGCCCGACUAGGUGAUGAUAAUAUAGAUGUUGUUCUGUCGGCUAUAAGUGCUUUUGAGAUUUUCAAGCAACAUUUUAGUUCUGAAGUGACUGUUUCAAAUCUCCUCAAUCUCUUUCGAAGAGCAGAACUUUCCAAGAAUAAGAAAUGGUACAAGGUGCUUGAGAUAGCAACAGACUUACUAAUUAAAGAAGAAAUAAUGAAUGAAAAUGAUCAGUUGUCAAAUCAGGUGGUGAUACAAUUGCUGCCAUUUAUGGUCAUCAGCAGUGAUGAUAGGGAAUCUGCUGAGAUGAAAAUUGCUGUAUACUUAUCAAAAUCAGGAAUUUGUUCUCUACAUCCUUUGUUAAGAGGCUGGAAAGAAGCUCUUGCAAAUGUGAUUAAAAGCACAAAGUCAGGAAAAGUAAUUGGUAUAGCAAACCAGAAGAUGAUUCAGUUGUUGGCUGACAAUAUAAAUUCAGGGGAUCCUUCUUCAAUGUUAAAAAUGGUGGAGGAUUUAAUAAGUGUUGGCGAAAAGGAGUCUCUUACCCUGAAGCAGAAAGUUACUUUUCAUGUGAUCGUAUCUGUGCUUGUCUCUUGCUGUUCAUCUUUGAAAGAAACUCACUUUCCAUUUGCGAUGAGAGUCUUCAGUUUGUUGCAGAAUAAAAUUAAAAAGCUUGAAAGUGUCAUUACUACAGUGGAAAUCCCUGCAGAAUGGCAUUUUGAACUAAUGUCAGACAGAGGGAUACCAGUGGAAUUAUGGGCACAUUACAUAGAACAGCUUAACACUGCCCGUAUGAUUGCUGUAGAGGACUCGGUUUUACUUGUACUUUCGUUGAAAAAUUUUAUUCAUGUAUUGAAGGCUCCUAAAUCUUUUCCUAAGGGUGAUAUUUGGUGGAAUCCUGAACAACUGAAAGAAGACAGCAGAGACUAUCUGUGCUUGCUCAUUGGGCUCUUUGAGAUUUUACUCAGUGGUGCUGAUGCCAUUCAUUUCCGGGUUCUAAUGAAACUUUUCAUAAAGGUACAUCUAGAAGAUAUUUUUCAGUUAUUCAGAUUCUUUUCUGUUUUAUGGACCUAUGGUUCUAGCCUUUCAAAUCCACUCAACUGCAAUGUGAAAACAAUGCUGCAGACACAAGCUCUUUAUAUUGGUUGUGCGAUGCUCUCUUCUCAGAAUGCACAGAUUAAAAAACAACUGGCAUCCAUAUCUUCUCCAGUGGUGACAUCUCUACUCGUUAAUCUGAGAAGCCCCAUAAAAGAAGUACGUAGGUCUGCCAUUCAGUGUCUCCAGGCCCUCAGCAGAGUGGAGUCCCAGUUUCAUCUGGUAAUAGAUCAUUUGGUUCCUAAAGCAGAGGAGAUCACCUCAGAUGCCGCCUAUGUUGUUCAGGAUUUGGCUGCUUUAUUUGAGGAACUACAUAGAGAGAAGAAACUGAAAUCUCAUCAGAAGUUGUCUGAAACCUUGAAGCACCUACUUUAUUGUGUAUAUAGUUGCCCAUCUUAUGUUGCAAAAGAUUUGAUGAAAGUACUUCAAGAAGUCAAUAGUGAGAUGGUGCUUUCUCAGCUAUUGCCUAUUAUGGAACAACUACUCGAAAAGAUCCAGAAGGAGCCCACUGCUGUCCUGAAAGAUGAGGCCAUUGGUUUGCACCUUGCUCUGGGAAAAUAUAACGAAUAUUCAGUUUCCCUUUUACAUAAGGACCCAAAGAGUCUGGAUAUAUUUAUAAAAGCCAUGCAUACAACAAAGGAAAUUUACACAGGAAUGCCACCCAUUCAAAUCACAGCCCUUGAAAAGAUUACAAAGCCAUUUUUUGCAGCUAUAUCAGAUGAAAAAGUUCAGCAGAAGCUUUUGGGAAUGUUGUUUGAUUUGUUGAUAAACUGUAAAAAUUCACAGUGUGCUCAGACUGCUAGCAGUGUUUUUAAAGGGAUUUCUGUUAAUGCUGAACAAGUCAGAAUAGAACUGGAGCCACCAGAUAAAGCUAAAUCCUUGGGUACAAUUCAGCAAACAAGAAGGCAAAAAAUGCAACAGAAAAAAUCACAAGAUCUAGAAGCUGUUCAGGAAGUUGGAGGUUCUUACUGGCAAAGAGUAACCCUCAUCCUAGAAUUACUGCAGCACAAAAAGAAACUCAAAAGUCCUCAGAUAUUGAUACCAACUCUUUUUAACCUGCUUUCAAGGUGUUUGGAACCUUUGUCAUCGGAGCAGGGAAAUAUGGAAUACACCAAACAGUUAAUUCUGAGUUGUCUGCUCAAUAUCUGCCAAAAACUCUCUCCAGAUGGAGGUAAAAUACCAAAAGAUGUUCUAGAUGAGGAAAAGUUCAAUGUGGAAUUGAUAGUUCAGUGCAUCCGUGUUUCAGAGAUGCCUCAAACCCAUCACCAUGCUCUUUUACUUUUGGGUACAGUUGCUGGAAUAUUUCCUGAUAAAGUUCUACACAAUAUCAUGUCUAUUUUUACAUUUAUGGGAGCCAAUGUCAUGCGCCUAGAUGAUACUUACAGUUUUCAAGUUAUUAACAAGACAGUGAAAAUGGUUAUUCCAGCACUUAUUCAGUCUGAUGGUGGAAACUCUGCAGAAGUCACAAGAAACAUUGAAGAAAUUGUGGUAAAAAUCAUUAAUGUAUUUGUGGAUGCACUACCACAUGUUCCAGAACACAGGCGCCUGCCUAUUCUUGUUCAACUUAUUGUUACUCUAGGUGCAGAAAAAUUUCUCUGGGUUCUCCUCAUAUUGCUUUUUGAACAGUACGUCACUAAAACAGUGCUGGUGGCUGCCUGUGGAGAAAAGGAUGCUAUUUUAGAGGCAGACACUGAAUUUUGGAUAUUAGUCAGUUGUGAAUUUAGUAUUGAACAUCAGAUUCAAAGCUUGAUGAAUAUUCUCCAGUACUUAACAAAGCUGCCAGAGGAAAAAGAAGAAACCACUCCCAAAGCAGGAUCUAAUAAGAAUGAGUCAGAAGAAGAAAUGCUACAGAUAUUUAAUAUAGACACUCAUUCUAGCAAGCAAUUGCGGCAUUUUAAAUUUUUGUCAGUGUCUUUCAUGUCUCAGCUCCUGGCCUCCAAUAAUUUUAUCAGGAAGGUAGUUGAAAGCGGUGGUCCUCAAGUUUUAAAAGGCCUUGAACAGAGAUUACUAGAAACAGUUCUUGGCUAUAUUAAUGCUGUAGCACAGUCGGUGGAGAAAAACACAGAUAAACCAACUGUGAAGUUUUGGCGUGCACUCCUUAGUAAGGCUUAUGACAUGUUAGAUAAGGUCAACGCCUUGUUGCCUACAGAAACAUUCAUUCCUGUGAUUAGAGGGCUAGUGGAUAAUCCACUGCCAUCAGUUCGCCGUAAAGCUUUGGAUCUUUUGAAUAACAAGCUACAGCAGAAUACUUCCUGGAAGAAGAAAAUAGUUCAGCAAUUCCUAAAACUGGUUCCAGACCUUGUGGCCAUCGUGCAGCGUAAUAAAAAAGAAGUGGAAGAAGAACAAGCAAUAAACAGACAGACAGCUUUAUAUACCCUAAAGCUUUUAUGUAAGAAUUUUGGUGCAGAAAAUCCAGAGCGUUUUGUCCCUGUGCUGACCACUGCAGUGAAACUGAUUGCUCCAGAAACAAAGGAAGAAAGGAAUGUAUUGGGAAGCGCACUGCUGUGCAUAGCAGAAGUGACCUCCACUCUGGAAGCACUGGCCAUACCUCAGCUUCCCAGCCUGAUGCCAUCAUUGUUAACAACAAUGAAAAACACCAGUGAGUUGGUCUCUAGCGAGGUCUAUUUCCUCAGUGCCUUGGCAGCCCUGCAGAAAGUUGUUGAAACACUCCCACACUUUAUCAGCCCUUACCUAGAAGGUGUGCUGUUACAGGUGAUUCAUUUAGAGAAAAUCACUAGUGAAAUGGGUGCUGCCUCACAGGCCAAUAUCCGCCUCACAUCUCUUAAAAAGACACUGGCUACCACGCUUUCACCCCGGGUCUUACUUCCAGCCAUCAAUAAAACUUACAAGCAAAUUGAGAAGAAGUGGAAGAAUCAUAUGGGUCCAUUUAUGAACAUCCUGCAAGAGCAUAUUGGGGUAAUGAAGAAGGAAGAGCUCAUUUCCCAUCAAUCUCAGCUCACUACAUUCUUCCUUGAGGCCCUGGAUUUCAGAGCACAGCACUCCGAGAAUGAUCUGGAGGAAAUUGGAAAAACUGAAAAUUUUAUCAUUGACUGUUUAGUAGCAAUGGUUGUAAAACUUUCUGAAAUCACAUUCAGGCCCCUGUUCUUCAAGCUGUUUGAUUGGGCUAAAACAGAAGAUGCCUCAAAGGACAGGUUGCUGACAUUUUUCAACUUAGCAGAUUGCAUUGCUGAAAAACUGAAAGGGCUUUUUACUCUGUUUGCUGGCCAUUUGGUGAAGCCUUUUGCUGACACCUUGAACCAAGUGAACAUCUCCAAAACAGAUGAAGCAUUUUUUGACUCUGAAAAUGACCCUGAAAAGUGCUGCUUGCUGUUGCAGUUUAUUUUGAACUGUUUAUUUAAAAUCUUCCUUUUUGAUACCCAGCAUUUUGUAAGUAAAGAGAGAGCAGAAGCCUUGAUGAUGCCACUGGUGGAUCAGCUGGAAAACCGGCUUGGAGGAGAAGAGAAGUUCCAGGAAAGGGUGGUGAAGCACCUGGUACCAUGUAUUGCACAGUUUUCCGUGGCCAUGGCAGAUGACUCUCUUUGGAAACCCCUGAACUACCAGAUUUUGCUCAAGACAAGAGACUCCUCACCCAAGGUUCGAUUUGCUGCUUUGAUUACUGUGUUAGCACUGGCUGAGAAACUAAGGGAGAAUUACAUUGUCUUGCUACCAGAGUCCAUUCCUUUCUUAGCAGAACUGAUGGAAGAUGAAUGUGAAGAAGUAGAACAUCAGUGUCAGAAGACUAUUCAGCAACUGGAAGUUAUAUUGGGAGAGCCACUCCAGAGCUACUUCUAAAACCUUGUUUUUUGGUGUUUCAUACUCUGUUCAGAGUUCAUAAUUUUUCAUGUUUUUACUUUUGGAUAUUUGGCGCCAUGUUACUGUUGGUGCCUUAACACCUACAUGGACUUCUUAUAAAUAUUCAGUCACUUCUUUACAAAAUUCCUACUUGGUUUGUGCUACCACAUAAGCCCUUCCUGCAAGUUGUACAGCGUUGCAAAAAGUAAAUGAUACAUGGUGUUUUUAUACAACUUGCUGUGUUUGUUUAAAUAUUUAUUAAAGUCUUUUUUCAUUGAAA